UUUUCUGUAGCUUUUAGAAAUACAGAUGGGUACACUAACUUAAUUAUUUUCCUUAUAUAAAACCCUCUGAAACAAUACUUUUACUCAAAGUAUUUUAGAACGUCUAAACGUACACUCGUAUUUCUAACACAUCGUUGUUUGUCAAAAUUUUAGCAAAUUUUUAAUUUAAAAUGGACGGAACAACAAAGAAAUAUUUUGCUGCUUUAAUGAUGUUUAUGAUCAUUGGAACCACGAUCGCUGAUAUGGCCGAUGUGGGUAUGUGCCUCAGAAAUUGUGCUCAAUGCAAAAAAAUGCUUGGAGCUUACUUUGAAGGACCAUUAUGUGCCGACUCUUGUGUCAAGUUCAAGGGAAAAAUGAUUCCAGAUUGUGAAAAUUUCGAUUCUGUGUCUCCAUUCCUUAACAAACUCGAAUAGUGAUUAAAUACGAAAAAAUAUUCAUUUGAUAUAAUGAUAAAGAAUGCUGACAAUUUAUAAAUAAAACACAUUUAAUUCACAAAUUGUAUAAUUAUUUACAAUACUAUAUUAUAUCUAUAAAAUAAAUCAGGUAAAAUGUUACAUUAA